CAAGAACUGGAACUGUUCGUAGAGGUGGAAGAGUUGUCUGCAGUUGAGAAGAGAGACGUCUUCAGUGGCGAAGUAAGUGGUUGUUUAAUACAUACUAGGCAACAAGACCACGUCCCAAAUGAUGACGACCAUGACGAAAAUGCCGAUCGUCUCCGGAGUGCUUGCAUCGCGUCGCAACUCCUUAUGUCGUUCUUGAUUAAUUAUUCCGAUUGUGUUGAAGAAGAAGAUACUCCAGAUUCCAAAAGAAACCUUAUCAACAACUUCCUCACCCCAAGAGAACUUUCCAACCACUCUAACCUUCCGCGUGACCACUGUCGUCUUCCUGACGACGUGUGUUUUCCUCGCUCAGGGAAUCACUAGGAACGAAGAAAGAAAGGUCAUCACCAGUUGGAAUGGAGAUAACGUCGUCGAAGACGAUGGUGACGAUGUGGAAGGUGUGAAUGCUUUUACGCAAUUGAAAGCGUACAACAAGAAGGACGAGAAGAAGAAAGCGCCAGAGGACGCCUUGAAACCCGAAGUCAUUUUAGAAGGAGUCGGCAUUAUUGCUGCCAAUUGGGAGACAAUCAAUUAUGAGGACAUAAGUUUAAGUACGCAGUUCAAUGCUUUUGUUGAAGAGUUAGGGAAAACGAAAGCAAAAGCAGGCUCUCCAAAAGGACGUAGACAAGAGCCACGGUGGAGCAACAUUCAAUUUCAAGACGCGCUUCGGAAAGCCUUAAAGGCUGGUAGGAGUGGCGAUUGCGGGAUGUCCAAUUAUAUUUGGUCUUGUUACGGCUCCACCUGCUGCUGCUGGUAACAACAUGUCAAACCCACAGUGAGGGUUUAGAUUGUUGGACGUUGAUUUACUUAUUCGAGAAAAAAACGCAGAAGACAGCUAUACUUUCCAGGAUAUAAUAAAUAAAAACAAGCACAAGCAAACUGCUGCUAUUCUGUUGUAGUAGUUGUUCGGCCAAUUCAAUGUCGCAGAUGAUUCAUGAUUGAAGGAUUGUCUCGCGAAGAUUCAUUCAGAUUUGAUAUUUCUUUCUAAACUUCGACUCCGUUGUCGUGGUUGUGGUCCUCAUCCUCAGAAAGCGUAGUAAACAAGGCCAAAAAGUUGGGGGCGGAGGUGAGCAUCCUGACGGGUCACACUGACGCACUAAAAACAGGUGAAUCUUUUGCCAACAAAUACGGAGAACAAUUCAACGACCUCGUGGACCGCGCAAUGAAAGUGCGGACUGAAUCAACUGGUGUCGAAGAAAAGAUCAACAACAACAUCAAUAACCGCGUCAUCCCAGUGCUCCUGCUGUGGAGGUGGGUCCUUGAACAUCCGCAGCAGGCAAAUACCCAGUAAUCAGGAGAAGAUGUGACUAAAAAUAUACAAAUUCAAAUUCAACAUCAACGGAAAUAGCAUGGAUGUGGAGGCCACGUGUUGUCGAUCAUAAACAGCAGAAUCAGUGUUUUCCUACUCAUUGUUGCAGUUGGUAUUGCUUACAUCGUGAAGACCGAGAUGAAUGCUCUUGAUGUUCUUAUCACGUGAUUCACGUCUCCUGUUGAAGAGAUCCGCAUGACCAUGAUGGAGAUGCACAGAGGAAUCUACAACGAUUAGUUACACAUUGAACUUUCUUCCUUUUUUGUCCCUAUUCAGAUGUAGUUACUUAUAUAAAUAUUGAUGAAAAAAGAGACGAUUGGUUCAUUUCGUCUUGUGCUGAUCUUUGUUGCAGGUGCAGAG